UUUUUCUUGAGGGUUCAGUACUUUACUGGAGCCACGUUCAGUGCUCAUGCGCAGAGGACGCAGUUUCCACUAGCAGAACGUCGCAGACACUACAAUUUCCGGUUAUACUACCUUAGUCUUUUCAUACGGAACGUCCAAGAUGGUUAACGUGCCGAAGCAGCGACGUACCUUUUGCAAGAAGUGCAAAGUACACAAGACUCACAAAGUGACGCAGUACAAGAAGAGUAAGGAAAGGCAUGCCUCGCAGGGCAGAAGGCGUUACGACCGCAAACAACAGGGUUUUGGUGGUCAAACGAAACCCAUAUUUAGAAAGAAGGCGAAAACAACGAAAAAGAUUGUACUGAGGAUGGAAUGCACAGAAUGUAAAUACAGGAAGCAGAUCCCGCUCAAGAGGUGCAAACAUUUCGAAUUGGGUGGUGACAAGAAAAGGAAGGGACAAAUGAUCCAGUUUUAAAUCAUCCAUUUAAUGUUUUAUAUCCUGUAUUUAACAAGAAAUAAAGCAGAUCUAAUGACAUUUCAUACAUA